UUUGACAUUUUCAAAAUGAGGUUAUGUACAAUAUUUUCUUUCAUUAGAGCUGUCAAUGUUGAGGAAAGACAUCGUGUUAUGAUAAAUGACUCAAAUAUAAAGGAAGAUUCGUUUACGCUGGUUACAUCACAACGCAGAAAGACGAAAAAGCAUACGAAUAAACGAUUGGAAACAAAUCCGAUAUUCAAACCAAGUGAAGAAGAUUUUGUUGAUGAGGAAGCAGUAAUAAAGCGUAUUUACGAGACACAAACCGACCUACGAUUGUCAACAUACUACGAGAACGCUAUUGCAAAACUUCGAUCUGUAUUGCAUCGAUUUGGAAGCAAAGGAAAGCAAAUCGUUUGCAUUGGAAUUGGACAUUUUAGCGAGUGUUCAAUAUCACGACAUCAAUUGGCAUUCAUUUUAUCAGUUAAAGAACUCUUCGGAUUCAAUUCGAUUGUAUUUCACGAGCCAAUUUUAUCCAGGUCAGAAGUGAAUAUUCUAAAAACACUAAACUGUUCGGUAGCUGCGAACAACGUUGAGGGAAAAGUUGAAAUAGAAGGAGUGACCUUGGUUUAUGCGCCACAUUGUCCAAAACAGUUGAUAAACAAUUUACUCUGGAAGAAUUGGAACGUCGACGUACUGAAGCAGUUGAUUUAUAUUGGAAAUAGUUUUUCAAACUUGUUAAACUCUAUACCAAGUCGAUUUUUAUCUGUCGAUGCUGGAUUUAUCGUAAAACUUCAGCCAAAUUGCGAAGAAAUUGACUUGACAAACGAUUUCAAGUUUACAGAUAUCUUCAACGAUACUUCUGUACAUCAAUUUCCUACCAUCGAAGCUGUGUCAAACGAGUUUUGGAGUCAGGAGACCGAAGAACCAGUAUACGAAUCAGACAAUUUGGAAUUAAUCACUACUGCUCUAGUUGAAAAGUUAUCGAUUUAAAAUAUGGCUGGCUCACAAUUGUAUCGAUCACUAUUGAAUGAAUUGCGCUUAAGCAGCCUGAGUGGUCGUUUGAACAAGGAAUCGUUGGCUUUUAAGUACAUCACCAAUCAAUUCCAGAAGCACCAAACAACCGACCAAACGCUCUGCAAAGCAAGAGAGGAGAUGAAAUUCCUUGGUGAAACCUAUCUGUGCUAUUUACGCAGUUUGAGAAAGUACGCCGAAAUUCAAACGGUAUACAAGGGGAAGGGCGAACGAAGUAUCGAAGAAACGGCCGACAUGGUUGGAUUUAAAUUACCACAUGAUCCAAAAUAAAAUACUAAUUUAAUCAUGUUUAAUUUGAAAAUAAAGUAGUUGUGCACGAAAA